UGCACCCUGAUAACAACAUACAUACCACAGCCCUGUCCUCUGGCUCACACUGUUUCUCUUCAGGCAGAUUUCUUAUACUUUCAUCAUGAUUUUUCAAGCCCUUUUUGAUUGCAUGAAUUUUACUAGUUGGCUGUUGCUCGGUUUUGUACUGGUAAUUUUGGCUGAUGUGAUACGAAAUCGGAGACCUCACAACUUUCCACCAGGUCCCUGGGCUGUGCCUCUUUUAGGAAAUGUCUUCACUGGAGUAGACUACAAAACAAUGGAGGAGCUGGCUCAGAAGUACGGCCCGGUGUUCAGUUUGAGGAGGGGCAGUGAGAGGGUGGUGUUUGUUACAGGAUACAAGAUGGUCAAAGAGGCUCUUGUCAGCCAGCUGGACAACUUUGUUGAUCGACCAAUCGUCCCACUUUUCCAUGUUAUAUUUAAGGGUAUUGGUAUAGCUCUGAGCAAUGGUUACCUUUGGAAGAAACAGAGGAAGUUUGCCAACACCCACCUGCGUUACUUUGGAGAGGGCCAGAAGUCGCUGGAGAAGUACAUUGAAGUGGAGUGCCACUUUCUUUGUGAAGCUUUCAAUGAGGAGCAAGGAAGACCAUUCAACCCCCAAUACACCAUUACAAAUGCAGUCGGUAACAUCAUCUCCUCUGUGGUCUUUGGACAUCGCUUUGAAUACAGUGAUCCAAGCUUUCGCAAGAUUCUGGAGCUGGACAAUGAAGCGGUCGUGCUUGCUGGUUCCGCUCAGACGCAGCUGUAUGAUGCCUUUCCUGGCAUCAUGAAGUACCUGCCAGGACCUCACCAAACUGUCCAUGCCAACUACAGGGAGAUCGUGGCUUUCUUGAAUAGGGAAAUUGAAAAGCACCAGGAGGACUGGAACCCAGAUGACCCUCGUGAUUUUGUUGAUGCAUAUUUGUCAGAGAUGGAGAAGAAAAAAGAGGAUCCUCAUGCUGGCUUUAAUACAGAAACACUUCUGGUUUGCACCCUGGACCUGAUUGAGGCUGGAACAGAAUCAGCUUCCACCACUUUACGCUGGGCCCUAGCAUUUGUGAUGAACUACCCAGAGAUACAGGGUAAACUUUUUAGCCCAGCAGGGCUCUUCAACAAUGCUGUGUCUAACAUAAUUUGCCAGCUUGUGAUGGGGAAAAGGUUUGACUACAGUGACCACAACUUCCAGCUGAUGCUGAAGUAUUUGUCUGAGAUUCUUUGGCUGGAGGGUUCCAUAUGGGGUACGCUCUAUGAAUCAUUCCCCGGACUGAUGAAGCAUUUGCCAGGUCCUCAUAACAAACUGUUCAGCCAUUUCGACCAAGUCAAAGACUUCAUCACUCAGGAGCUAAACAGGCACAAGAAGGACCUGGACCGCAACAAUCCCCGAGACUACAUCGAUGCUUUCCUCAUCAAAAUGGAGAACCUCAAAGAAUCUGACCUGGGCUUCACUGAGACCAACCUGGUUAUGUGCUCUGCUGAUCUUUUCUUGGCUGGAACAGAAACAACCGCCACCACUUUAAUGUGGGCUCUGACUUUCCUUAUCAGACAUCCUGAUGUCCAGGAGAAAGUCCAGGCAGAGAUAGACAGCGUGAUUGGACAGACCCGCCAACCUUCCAUGGCUGACAGACCAAAUCUGCCAUACACUGAUGCUGUCAUCCACGAGAUUCAGAGAGUGGGAAAUAUUGUUCCUCUCAAUGGAUUCAGGAUUGCUGCCAAGGAUACAACGCUGGAUGGUUACUACAUACCCAAGGGUACCGGUGUGUUGCCCAUCCUCACGUCUGUGCUGUUUGACAAGACUGAAUGGGAGACUCCAGACACCUUCAACCCAGGACACUUCCUAGAUGCCAAUGGAAAGUUUGUGAAAAGAGAAGCUUUCCUACCUUUUUCUGCAGGGAAGCGUGUGUGUCUUGGUGAAAGCCUCGCCAAGAUGGAGCUGUUCCUGUUUUUUGUUGGCCUCCUGCAGCAGUUCACUUUCUCUGUUCCUGAUGGGGUGGAGCUGAGUACAGAGGGAAUCACUGGAACUACACGUGUUCCUGAACCUUUCAAGGUUUAUGCCAAGGCUCGCUGAACUAUGCAACAUCUCACUGAGUUGUUUUUCAUUUAAUCAGUGUGUAACACACAAGACUGAGCAAAAUUUUUUACAGGAAGGCUGGAGUUUUGAUUUUGAGGAGCAGGUUGUAAUUAUUUGUUUAGAUCUGCCUUUCUUUGCUGUAUGAUUGUUUCCCCAUAAAAAUGAUCUGUUAAUUAUUUAACUAUACAUCUGCUUCAGUGUGAUCAAGUUAGUUUCACUUAAUAGUCCUUCAUUAAUUGCAAUAACUACAAACUAGCUAGAGAUCCAAUACAAAUGUGUUUUAUAUAAUAUAAAGCUGUAAUGUUCUGGUUAUGCUAUGUGUAAGAAAAUGAGUAAUAA